AUGUAUGAAAGAGCGUGCAUAUAUCCAAAUGGUGUUGAUCAACAACAAAACAUCCCACAACAAGAACAACAGCAAUUUGUCCCACGGCAACCAAUCUUUCAAGGACAAUUGCCAAUAUAUGAAAAUAAUCAGAAUCAAUUACCUCAGCGUGGGGUUGAACGAAGGCAAUAUCUGCCUCAGCAACCAACGCUAGGUGAUUUUAUUCCAGGUCAUAAUUAUUUACCUCAAAGAGGAGCUGAUCAAAGACCAUACCAGUCUAGACAGCCAACCUCAGGGGGUUUUACAAAUAACCAGAGACCAAUGAUACAAGAAAAUGGGCAGGUUCAAAAUAGGCCAAUUCUAAUUGACCAAUGGACAAGAUACGACAAUCUACAACGGCAGAAUAGUCGACCUUAUCGACCGUUCGUGCCAAGAAAUAACGGUCAAACAUAUGAAAGAAAUUCUAAUGAGAGAACGUGGCGGCGGCA